AACUUAAAUGUUAACAGUGUGUCUGUUAUCUCCAAGAUCAUCAGCAACGUCCCAGCAGAUAGCUUAGUCCGUACAGAGCGUCCUCCCAACAAGGAGAUCCUGAGGUACUUCAUCCGUCACAACGCACUCCGGGCUGGCACAUGUGAGAAUGCCCCAUGGGUAGUGGAAGAUGAGUUAGUGAAGAAAUAUUCUCUUCCCAGUAAAUUUAGUGACUUCUUGCUUGACCCACAUAAGUAUAUGACUCUCAACCCCUCGACCAAGAGGAAGAAUUCUCGAUCACCUGACAGAAAGCCUUCGAAGAAAUCCAGAGCUGAUGGAUCGUCCCUGGGCCAGCCGCUGAGUCCUACUCUGUGGUGCCAUGUGCAUUUGGAGAAAUCUAUUAUUAGUUCUCCACUGAAGGUGAAAAACUCUAAGAAUUCAAAAUGCCCUAAAGAGGAGCUGGAAGAGAUGAUGAAAAUCAUGUCACCUGCUAAACUUGGUUCUAACUUUCACAUUCCAAAGAGGAGCCAACUGGGGAAGGGCAGCAACAAAUCCUUGGACAAAAAGCAAAGAGGUAAAAGGGUUCUAAAUGGGCAGAAGUCAUCAGGGAAAUCAAAGUCUCCUAGGAAAGGCUUGAAGACCCCCAAGAUGAAAAUGAAACAAAUGACACUACUGGAUAUGGCUAAAGGUACCACAAAGGUGUCCAGGACUCCCAGAAAUUCUGGAGGCACCCCAAGGUCUUCCAGCAAACCCCAGAAACAUCUGCCUCCUGCAGCACUCCAUCUCAUUGCCUACUACAAAGAAAACAAAGACAGAGAAGACAAAAAAAGUGCUCUUUCCUGCAUCAUCUCCAAAACAGCUAGGUUACUCUCGAAUGAGGACCGAGCCCGUCUCCCUGAGGAUUUGCGAGGGUUAGUACAGAAACGCUAUGAGCUUCUAGAGCACAGGAAGAAAUGGGCCACCAUGACAGAGGAGCAGCGAAAGGAGUACAUGAAGAAGAAGAGGGAGAAGCUGAAAGAGAAACUGAAAGAGAGAGCAAAGGAGCGAAAGGAGAAGGAGAUGAAGGAAAGACUGGAAAAACAGAAAAGAUAUGAGGACCAAGAUCUUAAAGGGAAGACCUUGCCUACUUUUAAACUGGUUGAUACUCCAGAAGGACUUCCUAAUACGCUCUUUGGGGAUGUCGCCAUGGUGGUGGAGUUCCUGAGCUGUUACUCAGGGUUAUUGAUGCCAGAUGCUCAAUAUCCCAUUACAGCAGUUUCCCUGAUGGAAGCACUUUGUGCAGAAAAAGGAGGCUUCCUUUAUUUGAACCGAGUCCUGGUCAUUCUCUUGCAGACCCUGCUGCAAGAUGAAAUUGCUGAAGAUUAUGCUGAGUUGGGAAUGAAGCUUUCUGAAAUACCACUUACUUUGCAUUCUGCUUCUGAGUUGGUUCGCCUAUGCCUACGCAAGUCAGAUGUGCAAGAGGAAAGCGAGGUCUCGGAUAAUGUAGAUGAGAGCAAGGAUUCAGCAGCUUUUGAGGAUAAUGAAGUACAAGAUGAGUUUUUGGAGAAACUGGAGACAUCAGAGUUCUUUGAGUUGACUCCUGAAGAGAAACUGCGGAUACUGGGAGCACUGUGCCACCGGAUUCUGAUGACGUACUCAGUGCAGGACCACGUGGAGGCCAAGCAGCAGACGUCAGCUGAGCUGUGGAAGGAGCGCCUGGCUCUCUUGAAGGAAGAAAAUGACAAGAAGAGAGCAGAAAAACAGAAGCGAAAAGAAAUGGUGGCCAAGAACAAGGAGAACGGGAAAGAUGAAAAUAUGAUGGGAAGAAACGACAAGAAAAAAACCGAGAUGAUGAAAGUAGAGCACCGGGUAGAAAUAGAAGCUGAUGAUAUGAUCAGUGCUGUGAAAAGCAGGCGCCUUCUUGCCAUCCAAGCAAAGAAAGAGAGAGAGCAGCAAGAAAUACAAAUGAGAGUGAGAAUGGAGAAAGAAGCAGAGGAAGAAAGAAUCCGGAAGCAUAAAGCUGCAGCUGAGAAAACCUUCCAGGAUGGAAUUGCCAAAGCAAAGCUGGUUAUGCGCAGGACCCCAGUUGGCACCGAUCGUAACCAUAACAGGUAUUGGCUGUUUUCAGAUGAGGUUCCUGGCUUGUUCAUUGAGAAAGGCUGGGUACAUGACAGUAUAGACUACAGAUUCAUUCUUCCCCAUCAGAAAAAAGAAGAUUUUAAAAAAGACUACAGCCUGGGAGAGAAGCGGAAGAGCACAGCCACCGAUGGCAGAGUGAGCAAGCUUCACCGCGCUGUGCAUGCUGCAGACCUUCCCGCAGAGACCACUGCACCCAAGCAGGGACAGAACUUAUGGUUUCUCUGUGACAAUCAGAAGGAUUUGGAUGAGCUGCUAAAUUGCCUGCACCCACAGGGAGUAAGAGAGAGCCAGCUGAAGGAGCGCUUGGAGAAAAGGUAUCAGGACAUCACGCAUUCUAUUCAUUUGGCUCGGAAACAGAACCUGGGCCUCAAAUCCUGUGACGGCAACCAGGAGCUGCUGAACUACCUCCGAAGUGAUCUAAUUGAGGUUGCAACCCGGCUGCAAAAAGGAGGGCUGGGAUAUGUUGAUGUGACGCCAGAAUACGAAGCAAGAGUAUACUCACUGGAGAGCUUGAAGGAUUUUGGAGAGUGUGUGAUUGCACUCCAGGCUGGUGUUGUUAAGAAGUUUCUGCAAGGUUUCAUGGCCCCCAAGCAGAAGAGAAGGAAACAUCAAGGAGAGGACUACAUUGCCAAGGCUGAGGAGAUAGAUGAAGACAAGAAAAUGGCAGAAGAAGCUAAGGUUGCUUCAGCCAUGGAGAAGUGGAAGACAGCAAUCCGUGAGGCCCAGACCUUCUCCCGUAUGCACGUGCUGCUCGGGAUGCUGGAUGCCUGUAUCAAGUGGGAUAUGUCGGCAGAGAAUGCCCGAUGCAAAGUGUGUCGCAAGAAAGGUGAGGACGACAAGCUGAUCCUGUGUGACGAGUGUAACAAAGCCUUCCACCUCUUCUGUCUGCGACCAGCGCUCUAUGAGAUACCAGAUGGGGAGUGGCAGUGCCCAGCAUGUCAGCCUGCUACUGCCAGGCGCAGCUUGCGGGGCAGGAACUACGCAGAGGAUUCUUCUGAAGAUGAAGGUGAAGAAGAUGAGGAAGCCUCUGAUGAACCAGAUGCUGAGGAGGAAGAAGAGGAGGAAGAAGAUUAUGAAGUUGCUGGACUGAAAUUGAGACCCAGAAAGGCACCCCGGGGCAAGCAGAGCACAGCCAUGUACUCCUCAAGGCAGGGAAGGCACCAAAGGAAGAAGCAGUCGCUGCACCCUGCCAGGGGACCCCGGCAGCGGGCAGCACCUGUCAACGGCGCAGACAUUGAUGAGCUGGUCCUUCAAACAAAGAAGACGGCACGUCGCCAAAACCUCGAGUUGCAGAAGUGUGAGGAGAUCCUCAGCAAGCUGAUCAAGUACCGCUUUAGCUGGCCCUUCAGGGAGCCAGUGACCACGGAGGAAGCUGAAGAUUACUUUGAGGUCAUCAGCAACCCCAUGGACUUCCAGACUAUGCAGAGCAAGUGCUCUUGUGGCAAUUACCGCUCGGUGCAGGAGUUCCUCUCCGACAUCAAGCAGGUGUUCUCCAAUGCUGAGCGCUACAACCAGAACGGCAGUCACGUACUGUCCUGCCUAGAGAAGACGGAACAGUGUUUGAUUGACAUGGUGCACAAACACCUGCCUGGCCACACGUAUGCACGCAGAAAACACAAGAAGCUCUCUGCCAGGUGCCAGGGACUGGAGGAGCAGGAAGGGGACAGUGAGUCAGAGCCCCUCGAACAUUCCCGGGGGCGGAAAAGGAAGAAAUGAGGGAUGGGGAGAAGAGGGGGAGAGCCAGAGCUGGAGCAGGCCUUCUGGUGCUGCCAGGCAGCAGGAUGGGUUGUCUGGAGGGAGCUGGGAAGCAACAGGCACUUCAGUAUUAAUCCAGCCUUCCCUUUGGCCCAUCCUACUUUUAAUUUUUCUGCGAUUUCCUCAAGUAUUUGGUCAUCCAUGGAGCAAGUAGAGAUGACUUACUGCUUCUUGCAAAAUCCACAGAGCUC